AGGAAUGGAUUUUAAUAAAAGAUUACACAUAGUGGCAGUGAAUCAAUGGAUAAUCCCAUACUAUAAAUACAAGUCUCUCUCUCAUUAUCCAAAACACACAAUACCCAUUUGGCUCUCAAACCAAUUUAUAUUCAAUUGAAUAAUUCCAAAUCCCAUGGAAUUCACAGCAAAUCUUCAAGGCUUUAAACCCUCUUUUCCAUUCUUAGAUACUGAUCCAAAUCUAGAACCCAUUAACCAAUUCACAGUUGUAAACCAAACUAUCCAACAAACUUCAAAUUUGAAUUCAAUCCACAACUUCAAUAUGCUUUUAUCUGGUGACACCUUCUUUAACCAUCAAGCUACAUCUGCAGAAUUUCCAGGAAACUUAGCUGACAAUUUUCCUGGUAUUUUCCAUCAAAACAAUCAGAACAAUAUUAUGCCAGAAGUUUCUCGUGGUCACUCCUUUUCUACUGCUGGAAAUGAAAGUGAAGUUCUUGAAAGCAAGAAGAGAAAAGCAAUGGAUGUAUCAGAAACGUCUUCUUUGAAAUCAUCUCCACAAGUUUCUGAAAGUGGGAAGGCCAAAAAUAGUUCAAGAAGAGGAAAGAAAGCUAAAAGCAAGGAAGAGGAGGAGAAACCAAAGGAAGUUGUUCAUGUGAGAGCUAGAAGAGGGCAAGCUACUGAUAGCCACAGUUUAGCAGAAAGGGUAAGAAGAGGAAAAAUCAAUGACAAACUAAGAUGCUUGCAAGACAUUGUCCCAGGUUGCUACAAGACCAUGGGAAUGGCAGUAAUGUUGGAUGAGAUAAUUAAUUAUGUUCAGUCCCUGCAGAAUCAAGUUGAGUUUCUAUCCAUGAAGCUCACUGCAGCAAGUACAUUUUAUGAUUUCAAUGCAGAAACAAAUGAAAUAGAAACAAUGCAGAGGGCAAAGGCAGAAGAGGCAAAAGAGAUUGAGAGAGUGAUGAUAGAAGGAUAUGGAGGAUUGAUUAAUCACUUUCACCAAACAUGGUCUCUUUGACUUCAUUCUUUUGGAUGUUGCUUCUUAAUUAUAUGAUAUCACCAUACAAACACAUGAAGAUGGCCCAUUUAAUUACCAAUAUUUCUAGGCCCUUGAGGGAAAAAAAAAAAAAAAAAGAAAUUUACCAAUAUUUCAAAAAUUUGUUCCCAUUUCAUGUAUACCCUUUAGCACAAGUUACAAUUUUUACUUGUACAAUUACUCAAACCAUGUGUGGGAAUUCAAUUUCUAAUUCAUAGAAUAUAAUCCUUCCUCAUCAA